UCUAAUUUCAAUCUUUCAAGAUUCUUGGUAAUUUUUAAAAAAUCUUUUAUCUUUUACUCUUUUUAGUCUUAAUGAUUUUAUGUAAUGUUUUAGUGUAUUUUUUUGGGGGUUUGGUUAUCUGAUUAUCUCCUCCAUUUCUUUUAUACCCGAUCUUUUUUUUUGUAAAUCAUUUAGUUUAACUCUUUUUGGCAUAUAUUGAAGAAAUUAAGAAACCAACUGUGACUUUGCCACUCUUGUCUUUCAUAUGGCAGAUAUCAAUAUUUUUUUGACGUACUUUCAUUUAGUUUUGGAUAUCAUUUAUUUAUAUUUGGCUUAACUAUGGUGAUCUAUAGUAUUUUUUUUUUUUUUUAAAUCAUUUGGUUCCUUUGACUGAUCUCCAUUUUCAUGUUGUUAGCAUUUGAUUCUAGUGAUAGGUUAUAUCCAUCAAUUACAUUAGAGAAACCAACAAUUUUCUAUUUUGUCCUGGCAUUAUUCUUUUUUUUUUUUCUUUUAAGUUAGGACAUUUCUUUAAGCAUACAAUCUUUGAUUAAAUGAUAAUUUGCCUAUUUCAAACUGAAUGAGAAAGAAUGGUACUAUAUAGGCUAUGUGAAUGGAGCUGAUAGAAUAGACUGGUUGACUAAUGCUAAUUUUUAUUGUGGUUAUUUUUUAAGAUAGAAGAAUGUUUCAAGCUUGGAACAAAGGUGGAGAGUUUUGAAUAUAUCUAGAAAAGAAAAUGGCACAGCAGAAGAUGCAAAGAAGAACUCAUACUCAUAAUCAGGAAAAUUUAAAGGGAAGACAGAGUUACUCAUCAAGUAAACCUAUAGAACAAAAUCUGCAUAUAUGCUCUGAGAUUUUUGAAGAGUCUUCUCUUGAUUGGAGGACCCUUGAUCAGAGAUGUGCCAACCUAACAUUCCUUGCUCCUGAAUCUGAUGGACAUUGGAGGGUUGCUGCUCUGCCAAUUAGAUGUUUUAAUCAAGAGAACAAGCUGGGUUCGGGAGAUCUGGUGAAUAUGGACAGUCUGCAUCUCGUCUCCCCACCAUCUAUUAAUGCAUUUGGGGCUGAUCAAACCAAAGCUCCAAAAGGAUUUCAGUCUGACUUUCCUCGCUCUGUUAAAUCGCGUACAACUAGAAGCCUUCCUGGAUCCAACGUGCGCUAUCAAUCUCAAAAGAAGACUAUUUCAAAUAAAUUGAUUAAAUCAAAUGAUUUUUCUUGUUGUACUUCCUGCCAGAGUACUGUCGCCCGCCAUAAUUCCUAUUGUUUGAUCCCAGGAGGAUGUAAUGCAAUUAAUUCAUCUGGUGUGUUUAUUGAUAGUUCCAGAGUCAACCAGGCUAUUAAAAAGAGCUCAAGGAAGAAAACAAGAAGGAAGGGAAAAAAUAACAAGAAAAUUUCCAGUUAUACUAGAACGCCAGAACCUGAAGUUCUGUUCGAUCAUGCCCAUGGAAGUUCUACUUAUGAAACCUGUAGUUAUAAUGAUCAUGGUGAUGAAUUACUUUCGUAUGGAAUCUCGCAAGAGCUUUCAUUUCCAGAUGGUAACAGUAACAAAUUUGAAGAUGGCAGUGGAGUUUGUUUCUCUGAAGCGUCGGGAGUCAAUUCUAGUAAAGAGUGUUUCUCUAAUAUAAACUUGUUAGAUGGUAUCAUAGAUCUGUUUGACAAAGCUAAGGGAACAAAGCAUCAUAUUCAGAGCUUUGGCGGCAGUAAUGUGCAAUUCCUUGUUCCAGGAAAGGGAGACGAGCAAAUAAAAACCUUGCCCAGGAGUUCUACUGUCUAUAAAUUUGGAAACAGCAGGAUAGGGAAGGAAAACAUCCAUUCUGUCUGGCAAAAGGUGCAGAGGGAUGAUAGAGACGAUUGCAACUGUGAGUUGAAGAAAGUUCCCACUUGUUCACAGGUUAACGUUGCUUUGGAAGGUGCUCCUUUGCUUAAAAAUAAUUGUAAUGUUGCAUUGGUAAAUACAUUAUCAGGACCUGAAGAUAAAAGGCAGCCAAAAACUAAAGUUCUUAAGAAGUUGCAAAAAGAAGGUGGUCUAGGUUCCAAACAAGGAUACAACUGCAAUAAUGGGAGGGGCUGUAAUUCCAUCAAGGCCAGGUUAAAUGGUCAUGCAAUGGCUAAUAUUAAACAGAAUGAAAUAUUAGGUACCUCAGCUGAAGUCAACAAUGAAGAAAGAGUGAAAUGUCUUCCAAAACAUCAUAAUCAGAGUAGUGGCUCACAAGAUGGGUUUUAUAACAACAAAGUUGAACGUGUGAAUUCUGGAUCAGCUAAUAUGGCACAAGUUUUUUCAGAUGAAUUGGAGCUGCUUGAAAGUACCUCUAAUUCUGUUUCUGGUGAUAUAAAUCACCACACAAGUGAAGUGCAACCUCCUGUUUACCUUCCUCAUCUUGUAGGUAUUAAAGUUUCCCAAAUAAAUAAGGAAAUUUCUCUGGAAUACAGUAGAAAGAAUCAUAGUUCUGUAUCUACUCUGCAGAAAUGGAUACCCAUUGGGGUAAAAGUUCCUGGGCUGACCAAAUUGGGGAGUUCAUUGGGUUGUUUUGAUGAACCACUGCAAUACUGGAUUUUGAGGGACACUGUUGAAAAGAAAUCCACUCCCAAUUUCCAAGAUCAUUUUUCUUCAUUGACUACGAAAAUGUGCAAGGAAGGAAAUGCAUCUUGUUUGUCUCGUGAAGAUAACUUCAUUCCGAAACCAAGGAACCCUAAUCCCAUGCUUAAGCACAAUGGAAACCAUGUUACAGCUGACUGUUUAACUAGUGAAUUCCAAGAUCACAAUUGUUCAGUUUCUGAAGUUGAAUCAAGCAAAAUAUUACAUGCUGUAAAUGAUGCCUGUAGGAUACAACUGAAAUCUGAGGCUGUUCAGAUGGUAAUUGGUGGUCCAAUUGCUGAGCUUGAGAGAUUUCUUCAUUUUUCUUCUCCAGUUAUUUGUCAAUUACCUAGUUUCUUAUGCUGUCCUUGUUUGCGAGACCAACUUGUUCAUGUCGCACUAUGUAGAGAUGAGAUUCCUAAUAUCUCAUUGGGAUGUGUUUGGCAGUGGUAUGAAAAACAUGGGAGCUAUGGAUUAGAAAUAAAAGCUGAAGAUUAUAGAAACUCAAGGAGACUGGGUCUUGAUCAUGGUACAUUUUGUGCCUAUUUUGUCCCUUAUUUAUCAGCAGUUCAACUGUGGAAACGCCAUGAACCUAUCAUGAGGAAUAACAAUGAGGAUCAUGCCCAUCGGUUUUCAGAGAGAUGUGAGAUUAGUAUAGCAUCAGAGAAAUGUAGUAAUGGCCUCCCUCAAAUGGUUCUUCAGCCUUGCAAAAGAGAAUCGUCUAAAUCAGCUGAAGUUACACCGUCCGAUGAUAUAGAGCUGCUUUUUGAGUAUUUUGAAUCAGAUCAACCUCGGCGAAGGCUACCAUUAUACGAGAAGAUACACGCGCUGGUUAGGGGUGAUGGACCCAAACAGGGGAAAAUAUAUGGGGACCCAACCAAUUUGUCCUCUUUGAAUCUGCAUGACCUGCACCCUGUAUCCUGGUACUCAGUGGCAUGGUACCCUAUUUAUAGGAUACCAGAUGGGAACUUUCGGGCUGCAUUUUUGACAUAUCAUUCAUUCAGCCAUUUGGUUUCCAGAUGCUCCAAAUUUGAUUCCCCUAGUAUGAAUGCAUGUGUAGUUUCUCCAGUUGUUGGUCUUCAGAGUUACAAUUCUCAGGCCCAUAGUAAAAUCGUACUUAUUUUUGGGUUCUAAUGAUCCCGAAUCUGCACCGGGCCAAUCAGUGCUUUGAUUGGGUACAUUUUGAAAGGUCAUAAUAAGGUAAUGUUUAGGACUUGAGGUGUUUUCUAUUGAUGAGUGAGCGAUUCAAGAGGUUUUUGCCUAUACCUUCAAUUGGUGGAUUUAUUAUAUCUUUCAACAUGGGAUAUUCUACUGCAGCUACAUUUGGUUCACUCAUAGAGAUGUAUAGUCUCUGCAUGGGCAGUCAUCAUUGUCAUAAACUGUUAUUUAGAAUUCUAUAUAGUAUCCACAGGAUAUUCACAAAGGUAUGCACAUACUUUGUUAAGUGGAGGAGUAAAUAGUGUGAAGAUCAUUAUUGAUUUAUGAGAUGCUUGAAAUGCACCUCGACCAUCUCUACUGUUAAAUGUAGAAAUGAUACUACUAAGAUGUGCUAUACGAGUCAAAUUGAAAGUCUUUUGUCGUUCACUUGUAGCUUUUCUUCUCUUGUAAAACCAUGAGAGACUAGAUAUCCAUUAUAAAAAAUAUUGACAUUUGCAUGUAAGGUGGUAUAAUCAUAUAAUAUUAAUCUCAUUAUCUGAUUAAGCUAAAACCUUAUUGCCUCGAAAAACUGCAUUACUUCCUUUUUGAUUAACUGACUCAAAUGAUGGAUAAUUGGUUAAUGGUCAUUCUUCCGUGGUGGAAACUGUUAUUAUCUCCCUGGUCCAUGUCAGUUGUAUGGGAAGCUUGAUGAGUAUAGAUAUGGUCUUAAGCUCUUUCCCCUAAUACCUAGCUUUAAGGGGUGAGUUUUUAGGGCACUCACCUGUUGGCAUUACAGCUGACCAUUUGUUAUACCAACAGUUUGGCCAUUUGGUGGAUUAUUUUGGAAAAAUGAAAUUUAAGGGCAUUUGAAAACGUAUUCACAAAAUUACUUGUGACAAUUCAUGAUGGAUAUGUUACCAAAAAGGAUAGAUGAGUUGAGUUGGAAUCCCAUUCUAACUAAGGAUUCUUGUGGUUCCGGAGGAUCCAGCUACAGGAAAACCAGGAACGGAGAGCUUACCCCCCCUUUCCGCCCACUCUUUGGUCUUAAGAAGGCUGAAUGAGUGAUUGCCCUUCUCCGACCCUUACUGCCCAACCUGAGAGCGGACAGCUAAUGCGUUCCACUUAUUGAACAGGGUUCUAUGGUCGGUCCGCGACCCCUGGAUGCCGAAGGCGUCCUUGGGGUGAUCUCGUAGUUCCUACGGGGUGGAGACGAUGGGGUCGGUCCAUGGAUUUUCCUUCCUUUUGCCGCAUUUCACUAAAGGGUUGAAGGGAGAUAGUGCAUCAAGCUGUUCGCAAGGGCCAACUUGAUCCUCUUCCCCAGUGAUCCCAGAUGAGGGAACCCUAGGAGAGCCGCCGACUCCAACUAUCAUCCUCGGUCACAUCAUAUUUAGCACAACCUUCUGAAUCAGAAGGCACCUGUGCUUUUUCUUGUUUGUUGAGAUCAUAAGUAAUUUGGAGGUUUAGACCACUUGAUUUCAUUACAACAAUUUUUUAAAAUUUAGUUUCUUCAAGAAUAGGUACUAGAACUAUGUACUUUAGGAACAUAAAUGGAAAAGAAAGGUAGUUAUGCUUA